GCCAGCAGCACACGGCGAAGGAGGCGGCCAGCGCCAGGAUGACGGCUCCGCUCACCAGCGCGGCGGCGACGGCCAGGCGGGAGCCCGUGUCCGCGGGCGGCGGGACGGCUGCGGGCAGAGGCAGAGCGCGGCGCUGAGCGGCGACGCGGCGUGGAACUGAGAGCCCCGGGGCGCUCCGAACGGAGGGCGGCCCAGGCGGGCCCGGGUAGCCUGUCUGCCAGGCCUUGGAGAUCAUAGAACCGUUUCAGUUGGAAGGGACCUUUAAAGGUGACCUGGUCCAGCCCCCCUGCGAUGAGCAGGGACGCCUGCAGCUCCAUCAGGGUGUUCAAAGCCCCUCCAGCCUGACCUUGGGUGUCUCCGGUGACGGGACAUCCACCGCCUCUCUGGGCAACCUGUGCCACUGCCUCACCGUUCUGUGACAGACUUUUUCCUUAUAUCCGACCUAAAUCUCUCCUCUUUUAGUUUGAAACUGUUUCCCCUUGUCCUGUCCCAACAGGCCCUACUGUAGAAUCCAUCCCCUUCCUUCUUACAGCCCUCAGAGCCUUCUCCGUGCUGAACAGCCCCAGUCCUAUCAGCCUGUCCUUGCAGGAGAGGUAUCCCAUGUUUUGGAUCAUUUCUGUGGCCCUCCUGUGGACACACUCCAACAGGCCCAUGUCUUUCCCAUGCUGAGGACUCCACACGUGGACACAGUACUGCAGGUGAGGUCUCACAGCGCAGAGCAGAGGGUCAGGAUCACCUCCCUUGCCAUGCUGGCCACACUCCUUUUGAUGCAGCUUUCAGUUGGCUUUCCAGGCUGUGAGGGCACACUGCUGGCUCACGUCCAGCUGCCACCCACCAGUACCUGCAAGUCCUUUUAGGCAGGGCUGUGCUCCAUCCCUACGUUCUCCAACCUGCACCGAUAGCGGGGGUUGCCUCGACCCGGUUGCAAGACUGCAUUUGGAUGUGUUGAACCUCAUGAAGUUCAUGUUCGCUCACUGCUCGGCCUGCCAGGUCUCUCUGAGUGGCAUCCCGUCCCUUGGCUGUGUCAACCUCACCACACAGCUUGGUGUCAUCCACCAACUGCUGUGAGGGUGCACUCCAUCCCACUGUCAAAGUCAUCAGUGAAGAUGAUGUGGGCAGGCCGCUGGCAGCCUGAAGGCGUGCCUCUGGUGGGGCUGAGUUGGUAAACACCAGCAGGGGCAUUGACCAACUGUUGUGACUGUGAAUCUACUGCUCUUGGAGUUUUGUCAGCGAGGCGGCAGUGUGUGGCUGCUGCCUGCCAUCAGGUGCCUUGCACUGAGGUCAGACUGCAAAGGGAAGCUAAGGGUGCAGGCACUUAGUGACCUUUUUUGUCACUGAAGGAAUUUCUGCAGGGCCCGCUUAGAGCUGGGAAGGUGUCUUUUCCAUCCAGGCUCAGCCCACACUGUCAUAAUGAUCUCCUGAUAUUGGCACAGCCACCAUGAGCUCUGCGGUUUGUUAUUGUGCUGCUGUGACACCGAAAAACACCAACUCUGGAGAAGAAUGGCAACUUUUCUUCUGCCUUGAGAGACAAGAAUAUCUGGAGGGGUUUCUCUGGAGGACCUCAGGAAAGUGGCAACAGGGAGGCAGAUGUGUGCCUCAGCACUUCAGUUAUAUACAUGUGUUGAGUCCUUUGGAUGAGAAAAGACAACCAUGAGAUGUGGAAAGGGGAACAGUGAGCAAAAAUUACAAAGGUAAUUCUCUGGCUGGGAUUUGACACUCAGUUUCUUGCUGCGGUAUAGAGAUUCUCUUUCAAAAGUAGAGAGACAUUAUUUUUGACUAUUUAAAAGAAUUUACCAUAGUUAAGUUUAUCCCCCUGCUGUGUUUUAAUCAGGCAUCCUGAUGUAAACUUUGCUGUACAUCCUAAGUGCACUGCAGUGUGUUGCGUUGGUUGAACUUACGUGAUGAGAUCCUGUUGUCAUAGGAAAUACUGUUUGCAGUCCAAAACUAAAAGCAUUGCAUUCAUCCAGUUCCAUUAGUGAGCAAAGAAGAACUUCUCUGCAGAAGCUGAACUUCCACAAUCAAACACAAAAGUAGUAAUUUCAAGCCAAUGAACAUGGGUGAUCCUAUUUGCUUGCAGAAGGUUCCACAGACAGAAAGGUAUAGAGGUAUUUUGUGACUAAAUUACUUAUUGCUUGGUCAUUUGCUUAGCAGUGUUGCUAACCAACCAGGGCUACCUUUGUAGAAGCUAGGAAGAUGUUGCCAACAUUUUUGGCACAAGGUCUCCAUGUUAGUUCUGUUCUAUACUGUAUUGCUUUUAUUUCAUACCCUACGUUCCCUCUGAACCCAUGUUUUCACAGCUCCAGUAGCUGGGACUUAGUGCAAGAAGUUGGUAAUAACACCGUGGAUGAACCUGCCCUCUCAGCAAGGGGAUUGAUGUGAAUCACCAAGUCUGCAUCUCCCUGGGUCAUGAGUGUACAGCCCUGCAUGGAGGGACUCGUCUUACUCAACUUCAGAAACCUUUUUCCAUGCUAAUCAUCUUGGUUGUUUCAUAGUUCAGGAAAGUAACAGGUCUUGCAUGUAUGUAGCAGGCACUUGCCUCAUCUGUAUCUUCCCAUAGAGUCUUGUAGGUCUCCUUGCUGGUGCCACCUUAUCUGCAGUUUACUGGGGAUACUGCAACAGUGUGUUCUUCCCUCCCUCCUUUCGUUCUCCCAACUUCAUCCUUCAGCCUGGCUUUGCACACAAGGCCUCACACAGGACGACAGUGAGCAACAGUACUGAUAACACUCUUGCUAAAACAGAUUAACUGCCUCAAAUCUGUCUCAAACUGGGGGACUGAAAGAACUGAUAGCAGGCACCUGGUUCAGCAGCUGAGGGCCAUAUGAGCAUGUCCCUAAAAACAGAGUAUGAAUAUGAGUCAGCCACCUUACUCUGUAAAUAGGGAGCAGCAGAAGAGCCCCUUGAGCUCUGCUACAUAACAGCUAGCUGCACAACAGGAUUUCCUCUUGAGCCAUCUCUUGAGGUUACAUCUGUGCAGAGAUCCCUUACACCUUGACGUCAAGGUGCCUUGCCAGUACAAUUCUCGACACCCACCCCCUAAAGGAUGCAGGAAGCUCCUUGGUCAUUGAAGCGUAGUCAGGAGCAAUUCAGAUUUGCAUCUCAAGACGUCAUUGCGGUCGGUGAAGAAAACUGGAAGGCAUGACCCCCUCCACAGACAAAGAGCUCAACGGGCUGGAUAACCCCAGCUUCAUGAGUGAAGAUGAGAGCCACCACUGUGCCUCACCGGAUCAUGCUGCCCAGGGCCCAGAGGAAGGCAAGGGCAAGGGACAGAGCAGCAAGCUGGCCUACACUGUCACCGACAUGCCCCCCUGGUACCUGUGCAUCUUGCUGGGUAUUCAGCAUUUCCUGACAGCCAUGGGAGGUCUGGUAGCCAUCCCGCUGAUCCUCUCCAAAGAGCUUUGUCUUCAGCACGACCUGCUCACCCAGAGCCACCUGAUAAGCACCAUCUUCUUUGUCUCAGGAAUUUGCACCCUGCUUCAAGUCCUCUUUGGAGUCAGGCUGCCUAUUAUUCAAGGAGGAACUUUUGCGUUCCUGACCCCCACCCUGGCCAUGCUGUCUCUCCCCAAGUGGAAGUGCCCUGCCUGGACGGAGAACGCCACGCUGGUGAACACUUCUUCACCUGAGUUCAUUGAAGUCUGGCAGACACGGAUGCGAGAGGUGCAAGGAGCUAUCAUGGUAGCUUCUUGCUUUCAAAUCUUAGUUGGAUUUUCUGGUAUUAUUGGAUUUCUGAUGAGAUUCAUUGGCCCCUUGACAAUAGCCCCCACCAUCACCUUGGUUGCUCUGCCUCUCUUUGACUCGGCUGGGGAUAAAGCUGGACAGCACUGGGGCAUAGCAUUCAUGACUAUUUUUUUCAUAGUUCUGUUCUCUCAGUACCUGAAGGACGUCCCCGUGCCACUGCCAUCGUUUCGGAGAGGCAAGAAGUGCCACUUCUCCCCCAUCUACGUCUUCCAGAUCUUCCCGGUGCUGCUGGGGCUGUCCCUGAGCUGGCUGCUCUGCUAUGUGCUGACGGUGACCGACGUCCUCCCCACGGACCCCACUGCUUACGGCCACCUGGCACGGACAGACACCCGCGGGGACGUCUUGUCCCAGGCUCCCUGGUUUCGGCUCCCUUACCCAGGACAGUGGGGAACGCCAACAGUCAGCUUGGCUGGGAUAUUCGGCAUCCUCGCCGGAGUGAUCUCCUCCAUGCUGGAGUCCAUGGGGGAUUACUAUGCCUGUGCCCGCCUGUCUGGUGCCCCACCGCCGCCGAAGCAUGCCAUCAACCGUGGGAUCGGUGUGGAAGGCAUUGGCUGCCUCCUGGCUGGGGCCUGGGGAACAGGGAACGGCACCACGUCCUACAGUGAGAAUGUGGGGGCCCUGGGCAUCACCAAGGUAGGGAGUCGCAUGGUGAUUAUUGCUGGUGCCUGUGCCAUGCUCCUGAGCGGUGUCUUUGGGAAAGUGGGGGCAAUGCUUGCCAGCAUACCCACCCCUGUCAUCGGUGGCAUGUUCCUCGUGAUGUUUGGCAUUAUCACCGCGGUGGGGAUUUCCAAUUUGCAGUACACAGAUAUGAACUCCUCCAGAAACAUCUUUAUAUUUGGAUUCUCUGUGUUUGCUGGACUCACAGUUCCCAACUGGGCAAACAAAAAUAAUACGCUGCUAGAAACAGAAAUCAUCCAGCUGGACCAGGUGAUCCAGGUGCUUCUCACCACUGGCAUGUUUGUGGGAGGACUCCUGGGGUUUAUCCUCGAUAACACCAUUCCAGGAACACAGGAGGAGCGGGGGCUCCUGGCCUGGAAGCACAGCCACAAGGGAGAGGCAGACAACUCCCAGCUCAUUUCCAAGGUCUAUGAUCUUCCAUUUGGCAUAGGCACUAAAUACUGCGCUGUCUCUUGGUUUCGGUAUCUCCCUGCUUGCCCCAAAAAAGUACCUGGUGGUAAGAAAAUGGAUGAACUGAAGGCUUCUGGACAAGAAAGCAGUGUUAAAGCAAGCUUAGAAAGAGACUCUGAGAUAGGUGCUGAUACAAGGAUAUAAGCUCCAGGCCUGAAGGUGAACUCAUCUCUCAAGCAGAGGUAUGAAAUGCAUGUCUGAAGACCCCAUCGCUUGAGCUGGAGCAAGAGAAUGACAGUCCUUUCUUUUCUUAACUCUGUCUCCAGUGCCACUGGUGACCUUUAGGGAAUCAUUUUUCUUCUCCCUGCUCCUGCCUGCCCACCUCUAGGAAGAACACAGUCCUGCUUUGGGAAGUGCCUGGGAAGGAUGUUCAGUUUCCUUCCUUGCACUGAGCCUUGGGGACCCUGAGGAACAGCUGUUAGGCUGAAGCAGAGCUCUUCCUUUCCCCUUUCCUGACUGCUCUCAGGGCCACAGGAGAAGGCGUUUCUACUGCUCGUAUGCAUUCUUUGGGCUGAGGUUUGUCCCCUCCACCUUAAUCAUCUGUAAUGGCAACGUUCACCUCUCAGCUUGUGGUUUACACCUUUUCCUGGCCAAAGGGAAGAAGCGGGCACCUCUAGGCCAUGACUCAUCUCAUUCCCGUGACACUUCAAAGUCGAAUGGUGUUGGAAAAGCAGCAUCUAAGGUUAAUGGGAUGAAUUGUCUUCUGAAGUUGCCUCUCCUUACCUACACUGCAGGGGGAUCUACAGACUUUACUUAGGUUAUCGAUCUGUUAGAAAUAACAGACUUUACUGAGAGGAAUCUGAGCUGGGAUGCUGGGAGCCAGCUUCCCCAGGGCACCAAAUUGCACAGAGAUGAAGGAAUCUUCAUCAGAGAUGAAGGACGAAACUUCUGCUUGUAGUGUGACAUACUUCUGCUACUGCUAAGUUCUGUGUGUCCCCACCUGCUUUGGUUUGGCGAUUGCGUAGUGACAGCCACUUCCCUGGAAAACAACCUGCAGAUUCUUGCUGCUUUCUACACUCAGCAGAAACAGCCUUAACCUGUUAAUAAUGUGACUGCACAUGGUGCUGGCUGCUGGUGGCAUGUAAUAAUAUUGCUGUAGCAUUCAGCUGUCAUUUCCUGCACUGAGAUUUAUACUCAGAUAGAUGUAUUUUGGGAAGAAUAAAUAACAUAUGCAACUGAA